CCAUCCUAGACUUGUAGAUAUGCCCGGGAAGCCACCACGCCAGCGCAAGACGCGCCAAGAUGACCUAACAAACGACAUCCAGGACCCCAAUGCACAUUCAUCCCUCUAUGUAAAAGAUGCCACGCAUACAAGCACACUUGGGAAGACGCGGAGCAAGACGCUCACUUGGCUAGAGAUACCCGAGUGGCAGAGAGACAACGAGUACAUCUUGACCGGGUAUAGACGGGCGACAGCAUCUUGGCGUGCAUGCGCCGCUUCGGUUUUUGGCUACUUGCAUAACGAGACCGUCAACAUCCACAGUCACCUCGCCGGCGCGGUGAUAUUCGCGGUGCUGUUGGUCAGCUUCCCGACUGUAUACUUCGCACACUACGAGUCGACCACAUGGGAGGACAUGGCCGUCUUCAUGAUCUUUCUUUGCGCCGCCAUCUUUUGCCUUUUCUCCAGCGCGUUUUACCACACGUUUAGCGCGCAUUCAGAAGCGGUAGCCGGCAGGUGCAACGGUCUGGACUACGCGGGCAUCGUCGUCCUGACUGUUGGUUCAUUCUACCCGUGCAUCUAUUACGGGUUUUUCUGCGAUCGUCACUACAAGACGUUCUAUUUGAGCGGGAUCACCAUAGCUGGCCUAGGCGCCGCAUACAUAGUGCUCAACCCUGAGUACCGGAAGCCGACACACCGCGGUGCCCGAACGAAGGUCUUCAUCUUUCUAGGCCUGAGCGGUGUUAUACCCACACUGCACGGCCUUGUAACGCAUGGCUAUUACACGCUGUGUUACGAAAUGGGCUUCGGCUGGCUGCUCGCCUCCGGCGCCAUGUACAUCGUCGGGGCCCUGCUGUACGCGAACCGCAUCCCGGAACGCCUCUCGCCCGGCACAUUCGACUACUUCCUCGCGUCGCACCAGAUCUUCCAUUUCUUCGUCCUCGCGGCAGCGCUUGCGCACUACGCCGGCGUGCUCACCGCGUUCGACCACUGGCACCGCCGGGUCUCCGGCUGCCCCGCGCGCUGAACCCUGCACGCGACCAUGCCCGUUCUGUACUUCCGCCGUGGGGUGGGCGAUCUAAAUCCUAUUGCCAAUGUAACUGCGCCUUCGUAACUGUC